UGCCCCAUUCGUAUCUCCGGGUCUCUGGGGGUGCAGUUGGGGAUCUUGCUGGGAUCAGUUCAUUAAUGCCGUGCUCAGUCCGCUGAUCUGCUACUGACUCUCCCCGCCCACAGAUCCUGCUUACCCCAGCGCGUCAGGCGGUGCAUCCCAGUUGCUUUCCGAACCAACAGACAGGCAGCAUGUCAGGGAAGGAGCCUCUCCUGGGAACGCUCAAAGCUUGCGUCCUGAGUCUGCACGGAGCCGGCUCUGAGCCAAUCACUGAUGACAGCCCCCAUGUGACCCCUCUGUGUGACAUCUUGGAAAUGAUACUGCGCAAAGGACUGAAGAGUGGAGUUCUAGGGUUGAAGAGAAGGGAUUAUUGGGACUGGAUAGAGGAGAUGCCUCAGCAUGAUACCUGUGGAAGACUCUCACAUCUGUCUGUCAUGAUAGAGAAGACAGGGGCUUGUCCUAAAUUGUUGACAGCGCAAGGCCGAGGCCGGUACUUCCUGCGUUUAGCUCUCAACAGAAAAUAUGUGGCAGCAACAGUCCAACACCUCCUACACACAAGGAGACUGCUGGAGUGGUAUGAUCCCCUAAUUUCAGUUCUGGGAAACGAGGAAUAUUUAGAGCCGUUCCUAUCCAUGCUGCUGGUGGUAUCACAGAGUCAUUUUGCCUUGGAUCUCCAGAACUCAAGUUUUCUAGACGAAAGCUGGUUGUUGCCGGUGUGUGCGUUGUAUCAGACUGUCCCAUGCCGGGAGCUGGGGAUGGUGCUCAGGUAUCACGAAGGCCGAGUGUUUGUGGUAGAGUUGCUGCCGGGCAGCCAAGCAGAAGUAGACGAAAUAGUGUUGUGCGGUGACAUCCUAGAUGAAAUAAACGGUGUGUCUCUGAGAUACGCGUACAAUGGGCAGGCCGGCACAGUGCUAAACAGACUAAAGGGGGAGCCACUUUACUUCGGACUGAUCCGUUGGCAGUGGAAGGAUGGGCAGCUCUACCGUCCACUGAUUCCUUACAUUAAGGGCGUGCAGGAGAAGGUGCCUUCAUUUCAGCUUCAGCUACAACCUAAGAACCAGGAGAGCGGGCAGGACAGGCCCCAGCAGGAUGGCAGGCUCAUGUACACCCUUCAGUAUCUGGGGAAGGCUGCAGUGGGGAAGUUUGGUGGAAAAGAGGUCCUUGAUGUAGGAAUCACUAAGGUGCGAGAGUUAAACUGCUCCCCAAAGGAGGUGCUGUUUGAUGUGAAAGAGACAGAAGUAAGAAUACAGGACAAAAAGUCCCACAAGGUUAUGUUCCGUUAUCCAUAUCCAGAUAUAUCCAGUGUGGGGCGAAGAGUAGAUAACAAAAAAGUCUUUGCUCUCUGUACAGCUGACAAGGACUGCACAACUACCACCACUUCAUUCUCAUGCUUGGCGUUUGAAACAGCCAGCAAUGAGGAAUGUGAAGAGAUCAUUCGGCGCAUUGCUGCUGGCUUUAAGCACACCGAAUGGUUUGUGUAAAGAUGAUCUCAGCCAGGACAGCCUUACUGCCAUGAUUGCACCUCAGACGAUUGAAUGUUAUGGGCUUCCAUUCCAGUGCAAGGCUUGUACAACAUGGACUGGAUUUGUGUAAAUAAAAAAGCAUAUUUUUAUACAAAAAUCUUCUCCUGUAAUAAGCCAACAAGAAUCAGACACAGAAUGACCCAAAAUGAAUGUAAAACAUUUAAUUUAAAACGUCAACACUACAAUAUAUAAAAUAGCUCUUGAAAAUACACAUUUGUGAGCUGUAGCUGCCUGGCUUACACAUUAUCUGCUAAGCACCCAAACACUUUCUCCCACACCAUUAGGUAAUUGGCAAAGGGACCACGCCGGUAGGCUUUGGUACUAGGAAGGGGAAAAGCCAAGCCAUAUUUACUGCUGUAAUACUUAUUUUACUUUGCAUAGUGUAAAAUAUAGAAACAGUGUACAUAUCAACUAUCUGGGGACUGAUGCUGUAUUGCUUGGAUGAAUUUAACCACCUGGCCUCAAAAGUGGGAUUCUAAAAGCACCACGUUCACUUUAAAAGUGGGGGCAAGUGACUAGUUACUAGCCUAUAAUAGUCAUGCGCCACUCUACAAAGGGUUUAUUGCUCACUGUGAGCCCCACAUUUCUUUGAUGACAUCCCAUUAAGAGAGUUUGCACUAGAUCAGAUCAUCAGCACUCUGCAUAGUAAGAUUUCACAACACUGCUCUACCACACACGAGGCAAGCAACAGGGCAGCUCACACUCAUGAAAGAAAUGCUCUGUGAGAAAAUGAUAAAACCCUUUUAUUUUUAGCUUAUUUAAGUGAUGUAAAAUGUUAUUUAAAUAGUCAUGUGUAUUGUUUGAUCAAGUCAGCCAUCUAAAAAGCACAACUGGCCAUACUGCUGGUUUAGUAUUUUGCACUGUGAUGUCCAGCUAACAGUCCAUGAUUAAAACAACCAGUUUCCAACAGGAGCAAUAGGGAGGAAGAUCACUUUCUCCUCCGUAGGUAUGAGAAAACAAAACACCAUAUGCAAUGGUGCUCCUGUAAGGCCAUAUUUGAUUUAUAAAUAUGGUAGUCUAAAGGCUGGUCCUUAGCACCAUUUUUUGAUCCCAGCCCUCUAGUUUCACUAUGCUGUUUUAAAAAGCUAGCCACAUGCUGAGAAGGGGGGGGGGGGGG